GAACCAGGAACAAUCGUCAUUGUGCUUAAACUCGAGAAACAGACUCUUCAUACGCUAUUUAUCAUGUGUCAGACUAUAUCGGAGUAUCGUUCAUGAUUCAUGAGUUUUCAUGAUAUGCAGAUAGCUAAAUAAUAGUUGAGUUUAAAUACAGCGUUGACCAUCUGCAUCGAAUUGUCGAUGUUGUCAUAGGUAAAUCUUAAUUUGAAACUCAAUUGGACAAGUUUCAUAAUAUCUUACCUUACGGAGAAGAUAGCUCAAAAUAGUAGAAAAAUACCAAAAAAUGCAUGAGUCACAUCAAAAUCUGUAUUCGACCAUUCGAUGCGUAAUCUAGUUGUAGCAACGACCUAAUCCAAGGAAAAACCUAGUUUUUGAAGCCAUGAUAAGCAACAUUGUAUUGCCCUUCCACUGGUCUCGAGGUAUGAUGCUGAACUAACAACCCUGUAUAUUUAAAUCCCGGUUCUUGGCCGCGAAAUCUGAACAUAAUAAAGAGAAUAUUGAGUUUCGAUAGCGGUAGGUAGCACCAAGAUUUUGCUUUGACUUGAUGAGCAACGAUGUUGAAAAUUAUCUCACCGGAAUUAACCGCACUAUCAAAUACAACAGUGAACAAAUCUGACCUCUCCAGCCUUAUCAAACCAACAUACGCACACAAUUAUGCGCUACUGCCUUUCUGCUCACAAAUAUAAGAACACUCAAAGAGAUUUCGAGCGCCAAACUUCAAGCAGGACUUCGAGAACUGUGGUGUUAGUUAGUUCGAGCAGUUGUGUCCCCCCAGAAUGACACUUGACAAAGUGCUAGUUACAAUUUUGUUGGCGGCUUCUCUGGCAGGAGCUUCCAAAUCACCAGCGUCGGGAAUCAUACAGCAGAUCGCAAACGAGUGCCGAAGUGUCACCGGAAGUGACGAAGCCUUUCGCCAACUGAAGCAUGAUUGGGAAGAAGAUAUUCUACACUGUUUCAAUCAAAACGUGAACAUGAGUUUUCUGCUAUCAUCCGUUAAUCAGCUGAGCAAACAGGAGCAAUCCUUGAAACUGAAGGAGAUUUGCGGACAAGUGCAGAAUUCGCUUUCCUGCAUCGAUCCUCUAAUUAAUAAACUAGAUGUAUGUGUUAAUGAUCCUAUCGGAAAUGCUGUGGAAAAGUUGCAGAAAAUUGUCGAUACACUACCGGAAGUGUCGAGUUUGGUUUGCAACAAUAGUGCGGUCAAACAGAGGCAAUCCUUGGAAUCGAAGCAAGUUUGCGGCCAAUUGCCCGGAUCAUUCUCCUGUAUCGGUCGCACCCUGCAACCCAUCAUUGAUAAAUUAAAACCGUGGAUUUCCGAGCCCACGCCUAUUAGCAAAAAUGCCAAGGAUUUGUCGCCAAGCUACCGGACGCGUUGGGUCUGAUUUGCAACAACAAUGCGGCCUUAUUGUUAAGUUUGAGUUUGUCAUUUUAUUCUCUGAAUGCUGAUUCCACUAAAGAUAAACAUUGUUGUUGUUGUUGUUCUUGUAAUCUUCUUGUAAUCGUUUCUAGAGUUUCUUACGGCACAUUCCCAGUAUUGCGCCGUAUAUCUUGACUCUGCGGUGAGAGACUGCUUGGAUUUGAUUUCGGCAAAAACCGUCGGAACGGAGUUGGAGAAGUUCACAACUACCGAGUGCAAAGAAGUCUACGAAGUGCGGGACUGCAUCAAAGAUAGCAUCCAGUCUUGUGGAGACUUGAACUAUUUGAAGCUGCUUGAUUUGAUCUAUCAGCAAAAUGUACCGACGCCCUGUAAAUGAACGAAAUUCGUUAUAUUUUUAUUUUCAAUACGAAUGAACGUAAGACGGGCCUCAAACUCCUGAGCUUUGCUCAAUAUCGACAAACUCAACGGCGGAAAUUUAAACUCCGAUCAACACGCUGCCUGACGAAUAUAUGAAACAGCGUUAAUAACAAAAAAAAUUUCAAUAAACAUCAAUCGAAGAAAUCAA